UUUUUAUAAUAUGGUUGAAUACAACAAUGGGUUUGCUAGGAUGUAGAACAAUGUGUGCGCCGGCCACCGCGGCGCUCCUGCUCGCCGCGCUUUCCGCCUUGCCUUGUCGAGGAACUGACGCCGACACAGUUUCAAAAUUAUUGAAUGAAACUGAAGAACAUCAAGAAAUUGGAACACAGCCCACUGUGAAUAAAAUCUAUCAAAUACUUUACGCCAACUCCGACUUACAUAAUCAAACUGUCAAUAACAUUAAUUAUUCUAGUCUUAAUCUUAUACAUAAUUUUAACUUCGAAUUAAGUACUACAGCUCCAGAUAGAAAUGUUGAAUGUUGCCACAAUACUGAUAGUGAUGAUAGAACAAAUAAUGUAAGUGUAUCAGACGAGGGUGCUAAUGUAGUUGUAAACGAUAUAAGUUUAGAACAAAAGAGAAAUAGAAAUAGGCGAGUUGUAAACGUUAUAAGGACAGACGAAGUCACUGUGAGUGACGUGAGGUUAAUUUCAACUGUAACAGUGCCAAGUUUAGCACCGUUUGCUGAGAAGAGACGCAAGCCCGGAGAAACUGGAUCGAGUGCACCGCUGUUGAAUUAUAUAUUCGACACAUAUUCCAACACACAUCAACAUAGGAAUCAUAAAGCUGGCAAUGGCAACAGCAUAUACGCAGCUGCCGCUCCAGAAAUAGAAGCCUUGGUUGGGUCCACUGCGCACCUCGACUGCAAAGUUGACGCACUGCACGAUAAACUGGUAUCAUGGGUGAGACGAAAAAACGACGAGGAACCUAUGGAUUUACUGACCACUGGCACUCAGCAGUACACAGCUGACGAUCGGUACUCUGCUCGCUUUAUUCCACCAGACAUAUGGAGAUUAGAGAUUAAAGAGGUGAGGCCAUCGGACGCAGCCCACUACGACUGCCAACUGUCCGCACACCCGCCGCGCACUGCGAGAGUUACACUACUUGUGCCUGAGGUAUCAGUGCGCGUAGUGGACGGUGCGGGUGCAGAAGUAUCAGAACAAGUGUGCGAAGUUGGAAGCACCGUGGCACUUCGCUGCGAAGUCAGAGGUCUACGUAUGGAAGGCGGCCCGUCGCUACUGUGGUACCGAAGGGAAGCGCUGUUGAAUGACGAUACCACGAGAGGGGGAAUUAGUGUUCGUACGGAGUUCGGCGCGAACGGCGCCAAUUCUGUGCUGCGCGUAGCGCGCGUGCGCAACGAUGACGCGGGACGCUACACCUGUACUGUGGCGCGCGCGCCGCCGCCAGCGCCGCCGCCCGCGCACGUCCUCCUGCACGUAAUUAAAGGCGAGAGUCUGGCGGAACUACAUCAGGGCGGUUCGCAUACAGUAUCUGUCCAAGUACUGCUCGCCAUCACACCGGCGCUGUGCGCUGUUUUACACUGUACCAUUCAAUUUAUUUAUCAAUAA